AUGCACAGCGCCCAAAUAACCACCGCUCUCAGCAACGCCCGCCAGUAUUUCAACAGCGGCGCUACCCGCCCCUAUGCCUUUCGCAAAACACAGCUGCAAAAACUGAAACAGGUGAUCCUGGACAAUGAAGCCGCAAUUAACCAGGCAUUGUACGCUGAUCUCAAAAAAAGCCCUGAAGAAGCCUGGGCCAGCGAGCUAGGCCUGCUGAUGGCAGAAAUUAACCUGGCCAUUAAAAACCUGCACCAUUGGAUGGCCCCUCAAAGGGUGGGGACAGAUUUGGUGAACCUGCCUUCUUCCAGCAAAAUUUAUAGAGAUCCUUUGGGUGUAGUGCUCAUUAUUGCCCCCUGGAACUAUCCCCUGCAACUGGCAUUGAUUCCCUUGGUAGGGGCCAUUGCCGGUGGCAACUGUGCCAUGGUAAAACCUUCUGAACUGGCACCCGCUACUGCCGCCAUCACAGAAAAAAUAAUAGGUCAAGCUUUUACGCCGGAUUACGUGCAAUGUGUAAAUGGCGAUGGCGCCACGCUUAUCCCCACCAUGAUGAACAGCUUCCGCUUUGAUCAUGUAUUCUAUACCGGUAGUAUACCCGUAGGCAAGAUCAUCUACCAGCUGGCCGCAAAAGAUUUGGUGCCGGUUACCCUGGAAUUGGGUGGUAAGAGUCCGGCCAUUGUAGAAGCAGAUGCCGCCCUGGAUGCUGCCGCAAGAAGAAUUGUGCUGGGCAAAUUCAUUAACGUGGGACAAACCUGUAUUGCGCCCGAUUACCUGCUGGUGCAUGCCUCCGUUAAAGACACGAUGGUAGCAAAAAUGAAAGCCUGCAUUGCGCAGUUUUAUGGUGCCGAUGCAGCUGCCAGUUACGACUAUGGUAAAAUCAUUAACGAAAAGCGGUUUGACAAACUGAUCAGCUACCUGCCGCAGGGAAAUAUUAUUGCUGGCGGAGAAUAUGAUAAAAGCAAGUUGUUUAUCGCCCCAACUUUACUGGAGAAUGUAUCGUUAGAUGCCCCCUUAAUGACCGAAGAAAUUUUUGGUCCCCUGCUCCCCAUCUUCAGCUUUACCACUACCGCAGCAGCCAUGCAGAUAGUGCAACGAAAUGCCAACCCCCUGGCCUUCUAUCUUUUUACCGGUUCCAAAACAAAAGAACAGGAAUGGAUAAACGCUGUUCCCUUUGGCGGUGGCUGCAUUAAUAAUACCGACUGGCAUUUUACCAAUCACCACCUGCCCUUUGGCGGGGCUGAACUGCGCGAUGGCAGUAUGCUGGACUUUGGCAGCCUCCGGGGUAAAAAAGUGCUGCUGGUAAACACCGCUUCCGGCUGCGGCUUCACCCAGCAGUUUGACCAGCUGCAGCAACUGUACAAAGAAUAUAAUGGUGAACUGGUAAUCAUCUCCUUUCCUACCAACGAUUUUGGCGAAGAAAAAAACAGUGAUGAAGCCAUCGCACUUUUCUGCCAGGAGAACUUCAGGCAACAUGAUCGUUCUACAUUUGCCUUUGGUACUUUUUUUAUGGAAAAAAAGUACCGCAAAAAAGCCAGUCGAAAUCGAAAACAGCCCGAUUUCGACAUGGUGCCCUGA